CGUGUGCGAUAUUUACAUCUAAUGACCAAAUGUUGUUGUGGCUGUUAGAGGAUUCUGUUCGCCUGCCGGGCGCAAUUCAACUUCGAGCCGAAUCAGCUCAAGCUUGAGCACUCGACAUCUUCUCAUAUCAUCAUUCACAGAUAUAUGCACCUACGUCCAUACUUCUCAUCCUCUGCCCGAUCAAGGCAUCAGCAUUGUGUUGCACUCCCGGCUGUCGCAGUGAUGCCAUUUCUGACAGAAUUACAAGCCUUUCUCUUCGAGGCCGAUCGCGGAAGAUACGAAUUGAACGCUCUCAGGCUGGCAACUACAGGAUCGUCGAGGCAUCAGCUAGGGGUCGCCCUCGCAGAGCUGAAUCAGGUCAAGACUGGUGCCGAGCGACAGUGGACUUUAUUUUAUCUCUUGAGGACCACGAGUACGAUGGACGAGACAGCGAAUCUGUACAAGGGAUUGCUCAGAUAUCUCUACGAGGGCGACCACUGGAUCGACGGAUUGGGCGUGGAUCAAUAUCUAAUAGAGAUCGAGUACGAGAGACACUUUGCGGAUCGGAGGGAAAGCCUCGAUCUUCCUCGCAACUGGAUAGCGCUUGCAAAGAAUCGCCUGACAGCGCGAUGGGCUGCCAAGGCAGAAGAGCUCGCUGCUCAACAGAUCCUACCGGCUGUACCCAAUGUCAAGCCAGAGGACAAGGCCGAUGUGAAGAAACGCAGAAAGCCUGCCGAGACCGGCGAGAAGCCAUCCAAGCGACGUUCUCUUUCUAAUCCGUCGGAUCUCGCUCCAGCUUCGAAACCGAUUGAACAGGCAGACAGCGAGCAGCCUUUGGCAACCCAAAAAAGGAAGAAGAAGUCGAAGAGAUUCCAGGAGGAUGAAGAGGGGCAGGAGGAACCUGCCGUGCCUCGCACAUUAUGGGAUGCCGUCGUGGACGACGAGUAUCGAAAGAUGAUCGAUACGGCCGAGAGUGGACACAACGUGCUGCCACCCAACCUCGACGAAUUUCCCACCGAGACGGGCCCACACGACUGGCCUGAAGGUGAUACGCUCCACUGGUUCGAAAUCGUUCAACAAGCCUGUGCCAAUAUCAAACUCCUCACCCUCCCGCUCUCCUACCCGGACCUAGUCAAACAAGCUGGAAGACGGAAGCCUAAAAAGGCUCAGCAGAAGUAUACUCCGGAAGAGGUCGAGCAGUGGGAACGCGUCGUUAAGGAAUGGGAUGCCGCGAUGGUGGACCUCCCGCAGAUCAGAGGAAACGCGAUCAUCAGGACCAACGAUGGGGAGAUCGUGUUGUACAAGCUCGACAAUGCCUUGACGAAGGGCUGGGAGGAUCCAGAAGUCGGAGCCAAGUUCAUCGCUCACCUGACGGACAGCCUCGAGACGCUACGUGAGAAAUGGAAUGGGCCGCUACCUCUUCCGGGCAAGAGCGACACCCGACAUCACGCUCUAGAAGAGAUGAGGGCCAAGUACGGAGCGGAUAACGUCGGCGUUUGGCACUUCGCCUUCUGGAUCGCUCAGGGCCAGCCGCAUCGAGGUCCGGUCAUCUCGUCCCAAUGUCAUGGCUUGAAUAACGUCUGGAGGUUUGAACCGGCGAGUCGAUUUUUGGAAGCCAUGGCGCCGUGGCAGCAGGCGGCAGCGAUGCUAUUCAGAUUGCUCGAACCGAAAUCAUGUAAAAGGUGAGAUAUUCCCGAUGGUCAUCGUGUUCCGGGCCUUCUCGUCCCUGAUCAUGCCUACCGGUCUUGCAGGUACAAGGACAACUUUGAAACCCUCUGCGACAAAUAUACCACCCUUCAAACCAUCCGCAAGACCCCACGAACGACAUUUCUCGGCCUGGCCAUCCCUUUCCAGGUCCGCGUCCUCCCUCACAAAGACAACU